AGGACCUGGGGGAGUUUUCCAACUGUGUUACAGCUGUGAUUAUCUCUUUCCAUUAAUUCAGUUCUGUUUGGUUCGUCGUGCAGAUGUGCUGUUUUACUGACAAAAGGUGUCAUUGCUGCUGAAUAACUGCCGAUUGGAGAUACAUCUCUCUCUCUCUCUCUCUCUCUCUCUCUCUCUCUCUAUCCAAAAACGGAGCUGUAACACGUUUACAAAAGAAAGUGAAGUUUGCAGAGUUACUUUGUUUUUCUUAUGAUUUCGAAAUCAGUGACAGUUUCAGUUUAUUUUAGGAAACGUUGUGUGUGUGUGUGUGUGUGUGUGUGAGAGAGAGAGAAAGAGAGAGAGAGAGAGAUGGGUGUAAAUGUGGCACUGAGUGUGUUAUGUACGUACCUCGCAUGCGCGGUAUGUAACGCUGGUCCCAGUGAGGAUCUGCUUAUUGAUCGAUAUUCGUUACCGAUCCGGUGUGGCAGAGAGGUUCAGGUCGGUGAUUAUGUGCGAUAUCAUUACACCGGAUCGUUUCCGGAUGGGAGGAUUUUCGAUUCCAGUGAGCAUAAGGGCAUGCCAUUGGUUGUACCAGUGGGUUUGGACAGUAAGGUGAUCCCAGGCUUGGACAGAGGAGUAGUGGGGAUGUGUGUGAAUGAGAGAAGGAAGAUCACAAUUCCCCCUCACCUUGGAUAUGGCAUCUCAGGAGCAGGUACAAUGAUUCCUUCAGAUGCAACUCUGGUGUUUGAUGUCUUGUUGUUGGAUGUGUGGAAUAAGGACGAUGGUGUGGACACUCGUCUUCUCUUUAAGCCAUUGUCCUGUCGCCGCUCAGUGCAGCAUGGUGAUUUUGUACGAUAUCUGUAUAACGGCUCUCUGAUUAAUGGCACAAACUUCAAAUCCAGUCUUGGACAAAAUGUCACAUAUGACACAUACGUGGAUGAGGACCACCUGAUCAGCGGCAUGGUGCAGGGGCUGAUGGGAAUGUGUGUGGGAGAGAAACGCUCCAUCAUCAUCCCACCAUUUUUAGCCUAUGGGGAGAAAGGAUACGGUGUGAAGGUUCCAGCUCAUGCGACGGUGGUGUUUGAUGUUCUACUUAUUGAUGUGUUCAAUGUGAAGGAUGAUGUUCAGGUGGAGGUUCUCCAUGUUCCUCAGCCCUGCAGAAGAAAAUCACAGAAAGGAGACUUCAUACGUUAUCACUACAAUGGAACUUUCCAAGAUGGAACACUGUUUGACUCCAGCUACCAGCGCAAAAGUACAUACAAUACAUUUGUGGGUUUGGGCCACGUGAUUGCUGGAGUAGAUAAAGCCUUACAAGGUGUGUGUGUGGGAGAGAAGCGACACAUCAUUGUUCCACCACACCUUGCCUAUGGAGAGAACGGGACAGGUGACAUUAUUCCUGGUUCUGCAGUGUUGAUCUUUGACCUCCACAUUGUUGACUUCCACAAUCCAAAAGACUCAGUGGACAUUCAGAUUACCCACAAACCCCUGCAGUGUAUCAACACAAGUGCUGCUAAUGACCUUGUCACUUACCAUUACAACUGCUCGUUGCUGGACAGAACCCGACUUUACUCAUCUAUUGACUUGGGCAGACCUGCACAGGCGACACUGGCUCAAGGAGAGGUCAUCGAGGGGCUGGAUCAAGGGUUAACAGGCAUGUGUGUAGGGGAGAAGAGGGAAGUGAUCGUGCCCCCCCACUAUGGACAUGGACAAAAUAAAGGUUCUCUAGUUCCAGCAGAUGCAGUGCUAAUUUUUGAAUUGGAGUUGAUGGAUUUGCAAAAAGGUGUUCCUAAGGGCUUCCUGUUUAUCUGGCUGGAGGAGACUCCUGAUCCCCUUUUUAACUUCAUGGACCUCAACCAGGAUGGAGAAGUUCCACUUGAGGAGUUUGCAGCAUUCAUCAGGCUGCAGGUGUCAAUGAACAAAGGUCGUCUCCACCCUGCAAUGGACGCGGAUGUCAUCAUCAGACAGAUGUUCACCAGCCAAGAUCGCAAUGCUGAUGGGAGAAUCACAGAAGAUGAGCUGAGACUUCAGACAGACAAUACAACAGGACACGAUGAACUCUGAGAAAGAAACACUUGCAAUGUUGCCAUGCACUAUUACCUGCACAGGUGAAUCAGGAAAUGCUGAGGAACUGAUUACCUUUUCAACAGAAAUAUUAGUAAAAAUAUCUGUCAGGAUCUAGCCCGGACUAUCCAUGUGCUUUUGUUUACGUUUCGUGUUCACAUGUCUGCCCCGCCCUUGUCUAUUCCUUCCCACCUCAGCACACCUGUCCCUUAUUUGUCUUUGUCAUUAGUAUUUAGCCGUGCUAAACGGAAUCCUCGUCUUUUGUUGCCUUUUGUCUCUGUUUUGUGUGUUUUAUUUAAUAAACCAGUUUUAGUUA